AUGGCCAUCGACAUGAAUGUUCAUGAACUCCUGCUUAUUGGAGAUUCAGAUUUGUUGAUUCAUCGGGUUCAAGGAGAAUGGGCUGUAAAGAACCCAAAAAUGCAUUAUACUUUUUUUAAUGAUCAUCUGGAUAUAGAACUGAAAGAACAUUCGGUCCAUUGUUCACAUAUUGAAGUAGAACUUGACGGUUUGCCAUGGUAUUUUGAUAUAAAGAAGUAUUUGGGGUCUGGAAAUUAUCCUGAAGAUGUAACAUCCAACAACAAGAAGUCAAUAGGCCGUAUGGCUCUCAACUUCUUUCUAAGUGGAGAAGUCCUUUAUAGGAGGACUCCAAAUUUAGGUCUUCUCAGAUGUAUCGAAUUUGUGGAACCUGUGAAGAUUAUUGAACAGAUACAUGCUGGAGUUUGUGGCACGCACAUGAACGGACUUACUUUGGAAAGGAAGAUCCUUCGAGCCGGUUAUUUUUGGAUGACUACGGAGCAUGAUUGUUGCAAGUUUGUGCAGAAAUGUCAUAAAUAUCAAGUGCAUGGUGAUUUAAGCCGAGUGCCGCCUCACGAACUCAAUGCUAUGAGUUCACCUUGGCUGUUUCUAGCUUUUGGCAUGGAUAUCAUCGGUCAGAUAGAGCCAGAUUCUUCUAAUGGACACAUAUUCAUUUUGGUUGCCAUUGACUACUUCAAAAAGUUGGUGGAAGCAACUUCGUAUAUGUCGGUGACCAAGAAAGUUGUAGAUGAUUUUAUUCGUAACAAUUUGAUAUGCAGGUUUGGAGUACCAGAAUCCAUCAUCAUUGAGAAUGGUGCAAAUCUCAACAGUCACUUGAUGAGGGAUAAACGUGAGCAAUUUAAGAUUCCUCACCAAAAUUCAACCGCUUAUCGUCCCCAAAUGAAUGGAGCUGUUGAGGCUACCAAUAAGAUUAUCAAGAAGAUUCUGAGGAGAAUGAUUAACAAUUACCGAGUUGAGAUACCAUCCUUGAGAAUCAUACAAGAAGCUGAGUUGAGUAAUGCUGAAUGGGUCAGCAAGCGGAUUGACCAGUUAACUUUGAUUGAUGAGAAGAGAAUGGAUGAGUACAAAGGAAAAUUAGCACCAAAUUGGCAAGGACCUUACAUUGUUUGCAAAGUAUUAUCUGGAGGUGCUUUGAUCCUGUCGGAGAUGGAUGGCACCGCAUGGCCGAAACCGAUCAACUCAUAUGCUGUCAAGAGAUAUUAUGCGUGA